UUUGGAUCAACUUCCUCAUAUGACAAGAUCAUAUUCAAUAUUUUGAAGGUUUUUUGAAUUUCUGGAAGACUUUUACACAAUUUUGAUAACACUUUUAUUCGAAAAUAACAACAAGUUGAAGCUUGACAACAAUUUAAUUUGUUUAAAGAUGGCGGACAAGGAAACUUCCGGUAUGGAUGAAAACAAAGCAGACGAAAAACCCAAUAAUUUGGAAGAUUUUAUCACUCAUCAUUAUGAAAAGCAAAAGGAGGAAGGCAGAUUUGAUGAAACCAGUGAAAUAGAUAAUGAAAGAACAGAAAAUUUCUUCAGCAGAGCAAUUCAGGAAAGUAGAAGAAUGAACAAAGAAAUUGAGAAAUCCAAAGCAAAAUCUGACAAACUACACAAUGAAUUUGGUACAGAAACUAUGACAGCAUGGAGGACAGAGCAUGCUGCAGAGGUGAAUGUUUUUUGAGUUAUUGCCCUUGACUUAGGAGAAGCGCAUCAAAAUUUGCUUUUGAACUUAAUAGUGACAGUUUUGAACUGAUUGUAAUGAAAUUUGGUGUGAUCAUUAAUACUGAUGAGAUCCUGAACGGUUUUUGGGUUGACUUGUGAAAAACGCGUCAAAAUUUUUUUUAUCCCUUGAUUGGAGCUGUGUGAUUUAAUUGUUUGAUGUAUUUGGGUUAUUGAUAUUGAUUUUUAAAAAUUUUGUGGAAUUACUCAGCAUAAAUAACUGGCAGUAAAUAUAUAUGUAAUUGAAUUCAAACUAAUAAAAUUUCUUCAAUAUGAGAAAAUUCGUACUUUAGUCACUAAAGACUGUUUUAUCAUUUCUGACAGCUGCCAGUGGGCGUAUGUUACCUUGCAUCGCAAGCUAUCUUGGAGAAACUUUUUGGACACAGAAAAAUCACAAUGUUAACAGGUUGAUAUUUGAUUUAUUCAUGAUUUGAAUGAAUGAAUGAAUGAUAGAAUUAAAUUCAUGAUUUUAAUAAGUAACAAAUAAAACAAUAGACAAAUACAAAUUGGCAGUUGAGUUUUUUGAUUUGUCUGGCUAUUUCAAAAAAUUAAAAAUAUGAUUUUAAGAUGGGUUCCCUUAUUUUUAUUUAUAAAAGUGAAAAUGCUAAUACUUAUAUGAAUAGAAAGUAGAGGUGUUCUAAUGAUUUUGAAAAAUACCAGUUUUUCUCACAUGUCCAUAAUUAAUUCAUAAUUAGCUGAGAAUUCCAGUAGAAUUCCAAUGAGUGACCGAUCAAGAAAGGUCAGAAAGUCUUUUUUUGUUUAUCCAGAUUGUAAUCCAUGGACAUUUAUGUUUGGUUAAAACUCUUAAUUAUAUGCAAUAAGAACAUAAUGAUAUGAUUAAGAAUACAUGAUAAUUCAUUAGAAACACCAAUUAAUCAAAUAGUUUGCUAAAUUUGAUACUAAAAUAUAAGGAAAUCCAUCUUUAAAGAGUUCAUUGACUUUACUGUUCGAAAGAAUCAAAUUUUGGUAAAUUUGGAACGACUUAAAAUCCUUCCCACUGUGAUUCUUCAUUAUCAUUUCAAUUUAUUUAAAGUGAUACUACGUCUUAGAAUUAACAUAAAAUUGAAGAAUUUUAAACUUGGCAAAUAAGAGCCAGUAGAUAUACCUGGUGUCAUAAAUAACAUAACAGGAUCC